AUGGGAUCUCAAGCUGGGUCGACGAGAACGCUGGCAGUGCGAGCCACCAUUUUGGAGCGGAUGACGCCGACGAACCUUGUGUGCAGGCGAGUCAUCGGUAUGCAGAAUAUCUACGCUAGUCUGAUGCAGGAGGGGAUGGUCAACCUGUACGACUUUGACAUGUACAUUGGACACCAAGCUGCGAAGAACGUGCUGGACGCCGUGUUCGGAAUCGGAAGCACAUGGCGGCUCACCAACCGUCGAUAG